AGCAUAUAUUGCCACAACUGCUAAAAUUGUAAAGAAAAAUCAACAUCAAAAAGAACAUCUGAUAAGAACCAGACAAGAAGACGGAUCAUGUUUGUUCCUUUGCCGGUGCCGUUUGUCUUGCCGAGAACUGCCUCUGAUCUCCAAGCCUGGCGCCUCAAGUCGCCACUGGCUCUGCGCUCUCACUCCGAUAUCAGAAUGUCAAAGCCAAUUGAGGUUGAGAAUCCAGCGGCAGACUCUCCGAUGGAGAGCACUGACUCAGAAAGAAAUGGCUCGGAUUCAAAUAAUCAGGUUCAGCCAAUGAAAAUCAACCCUUUCUCUCUUUCUCCCACACUGAGCAGCAGCACCAAGACUAAGGUGGAGGAUUGUGAUGAGAUGUCACCUGUUGCUGUACAAACUACACCUGCUCAGACAGCCCUUCCCCACACACAGCUGAUGCUAACAGGUGGUCAGCUCGCAGGGUUGACUGCACUUUUGCCAGCACAGCAGCAGCUGCUCUUACAGCAGGCACAGCUCCUCGCUGCAGCUGUGCAGCAGUCGCAUGCGGCCCACGCGGCCAAUCAACAGCAAGCCCAGCAGCAGGCCAGUCAGCAGGCAGUGCAGCCGCAGUUGCAGGGCCAAUCGCAGAGCACACAGGAACAAACCGCCGUCCCUGUCCCGCCUCCUCCUCACCAGCUUCCUCUUUCUCAGCCAAUCCAGUUCACUGCACAGGACAUUCAGCAGUUGCUGCAGCUGCAGCAGUUAGUCCUCGUUCCAGGACACACUCUGCCUUCACCCGCACAGUUUCUUUUACCACAAACACAGCAAGGGCAGCAAGGGCUGCUAUCAAUGCCAAAUCUAAUUCCACUACCUCAGCAAAACCAAGGAAGUCUGCUGGCCGCUCCACCCAGACUUAGUCUUCAAGCACAGAGGGAGAAGGUUGCAGAGAGCAGCGUGAACACAGUGACUCCAGUGACCUCUCAUCCUGAGGAGCCCAGUGAUCUGGAGGAACUGGAGCAAUUUGCCCGCACAUUCAAACAGAGAAGGAUCAAAUUGGGCUUCACACAGGGUGAUGUGGGAUUGGCCAUGGGGAAGCUCUAUGGGAAUGAUUUCAGUCAGACCACGAUCUCUCGCUUUGAGGCGCUUAAUCUCAGCUUCAAGAACAUGUGCAAACUCAAACCUCUGUUGGAGAAGUGGCUGACUGACGCAGAAACAAUGUCGAUGGACAGCACCUUGCCAAGUCCCAGUGCUCUUUCCUCUCCUUCCCUGGGGUUUGAGGCCCUGCUUGGCCGCCGUAGGAAGAAACGCACCAGCAUUGAGACCAACGUCCGCAUCGCCUUGGAACGCAGCUUCAUCACGAACCAGAAGCCUAACUCAGAGGAGAUCCUACUCAUCGCCGAGAAGCUCAGCAUGCAGAAGGAGGUGAUCCGUGUCUGGUUCUGCAACCGCCGACAGAAAGAGAAACGUAUUAACCCCUCCAGUGCCACCCCUCCCUUGCCCAGCCAACCCCAGCCCACCUCGCACAAACCCCCCUGCUACAGCCCGCACAUGAUGCCGAGUCAGGGACCAUCGCAGACAGUGAGCAGUCUCGGUAUAGCAGUGACCACUAUGUCAUCAGUUUGCCCUUUGACCCCAAGCGGCCCCUCCUUAAGCUCUGCACCAUCUCCUGUAACCCCGCCUCCCCGCAGAGAUGCCAGCCCCGCCCCUCCAACUCACAGUACACUAAGUCUGAAUACAGGUUCAUGGCAUAAAAAGAAUGGCGAUGUUUCUAACUACAUCACUGACUUUGCUGCAUGUUUGAGGAAUACGGUGAGGGGAGUUAAAACAGGAAUGAACCAAGCUCUUCUUGGCAGCAACCCACUUGCUACUAUACAAGCCCUAGCAGCCAGUGGUGGCCACCUGCCCAUUUCCAGUCUUGAGGGCAGCAGCAAGGUGUUAAUUGGUGGUUCUGGAGGCCAAGGAGCAGGUUUUCCCUCUUCCCUCUUUCUCAACCACUCCUCUUUGUUGCAAAUGGCAACAGGCACCGGCAUGGGAUUGGGCGGUUCAGCUCUUGCCAAAACCUUAUUUCCUGAUACAGGCGGCAUGAGUCCCUCCCCUUGCUCGAGCCCCAUCUCUUCCUGCUCUUCCGGCGAGUUGCUACACAGCCCACACUCGAUUGGAGGGGCUAAAAUCGAGUGACGUUGCCCAAGACCAAUCACAGGAGGAGGAGAAGGAGAUUAAACCUUACCUGUCAACCAAAGCAUCUCUUGAUCCCCUCGCUCCCUUUCGUUUCCUCUCAUUUAUACUCUCUCUUCCGCUCUCCCACUCUACUGAUGCCAAAAAUAUACAGAGUAGAAGAGGGGAGAGAUGGAGAGACUGAGUGGAAGGAAGAGGAGAGGAGGGAAAAUGAAACCAAAAAAACACCAUGCGGCUUAGCGGGACGCAGUCAAAUACAUAAAUAAAAGGAGAACAAAUUAAAAAACUGUAGUGCAGUGAGAAGAGAGAUCCUUGAGCACCAAACACAUCAAAAAGAAUGAACUUUACUGUGUGUUAUAGAACAACUGCAACUCUUUGAAGCAAACAUGUGAAGUACUGAAUACCAAAAAGUAUAAUGGAACUUUGAGAGACUCACUAUGACAAAAAAAUACAAGCAUACCAAAUACCAAAAACAAACACCAAAAAUACGGAUGGAAAAGCUUUAUCCAAAGGACCUGUAAAUAGCCAACCGUCCAGGACCAGACCCAGUGACAACAAUCCAGCCAUCGCUGAGCUCAUCAUCAUCUGCCAUGCAAUCACAUCAUUUUCUUUCAUGUUUUUUAUGAUUUGAUGUUAAAUAUGAUCGAGCCGGACUCAAACGCUGUUGUGUUUCUCUGGUUCUUCCUCAUUCUUGUUGAUUUUUUUUUCUCAGAAGUAGCAGAUAUUUCCAUCAGUCUUUUUUUGUGUGUAUGAUCAUCAUCAUCAUCAUCAUUCCAUGUCUUAUCGGGCAUAUCAAGAGGAUUGGGUGUUUGGUCUUUGAUGUUCAUCAUAUUAGCACUGCAUAGCUUGAUGCACUUGUUUGUCUGAU